UAAAUAUCAACACGAAAGAAACAGCUCCAAAAUAGCAACAUAGCGUGAAAAAUUUUCCUAUCUAAACGAGUCCUCAGUUGGAGUCAGACGUUCCGGUUCUAUACGCGCGUGUCGCGUGACGUCGUACGGAUAUUGUCGAAGAGAUGCUUCGGUGAAGCUCGCGUUCCCUUGGCCGCACCUUAGUUCCGGGCGUCAUCGAAGCGGCAGCACCCACCGACUCGACUCGUUGUCCGUACGAUGCUACAUCUCUCGGCGAUACCAGGAAGCAACAGCUGACCCGCGACGCACAGUAGCUCUCUCGCCUCCUGGAGUGGCACUUCGUCACUUUCGCACUCGUGCGAAAAACUCCCGAACGAACGAGCGGAGGAGGAAUCGCGUCGCCAUCUUUAGGCACGGUUGUACCCAUCAACCGCCGUCUCCGCCGACGUCAUCGCCGUCGUCGUCGUUCGUCGUCGACGACGCGUGCGAGAGCCGACGACAAUCAUACCUGAAGCGCCGUGCAGCGGUGUUAACGCCGUGCGCCUCCGUGGUGCAACGCGACGUCGAGAACGCGAAGCAAUAUCGUGACUGCAAAUUCGAUAUCGACUGUGCGGGCCAUCGCUCGAUUAUAAUUCGUGCCGGGGCGCGAGGAAGCGAGGUGCGCGCCGCGAGUAGCUUCCUCGCCCGACGAGACGUCUCUCUCUGUCCUCUGUCUCGCUUUCGUUCGCAGACGUCACGAGGAGGAAUACAACCGCAGGGACGAGGAUUACUGCGAGAAGGAACAAACGAAUGUGAACGAUCCGUCGGAACGUUGCCGUCGGAACAUUGCCGUCGCUAGAAUUCUAUUGCUGUCGCGACAAUCGGUGUGCAUUUCCCCGCAUUCUUUCGAUUCGCGUGUGGAAGUGGAUUUUGCUGGACGUACAACAAUCAGCAGGAUUCAGUACUGUGUGAUUUUGCCUGCCCAAUCACGGGGCAAAUAAGUGAGGCACUAAUUACAGUGCUCGAAGCGAAGCAGGUCGGAUAGACGUUGAAGACGGGAAGGACAGACGGUCGUGCGGGAGAAAGAGAGAGAAACGGCACCGCCGCCGCCGCCGCCGCCGCCGCCGGACGACAACGACGACGGACUGGUACAAUUGACAAGGAAGAUGGCGCGAGCCGUGGACGAGGAUCGCUGCUGACCCAUUUUUUUCCGACGCGCCAAAUCUCCGGGAGUCGGGAGUCUCCAAGGACGACGGUGGAGGAGGAAUCUCUCCCUCAUCCCUCCCCCCCUCUGGCUCUCUCUCGCUCUCGCUUAUCGCGGGUGAGCGCCGUUUGCGGAGUGUGGUGACGAUCGCCGUCGGGAGGAAUACACUCGGCGGCAGCAGGGAAGGAAGCCGUAGGAGAGAGAGAGCGGACUCCGGAGUUGCGCCGGGAGGGUGCCCUCUCGUGUCGCGCUCGCGCGCGCGCCUCUCCCCCCUGCGUGUGUGUAUGUGUGUGGCCCGUUUUUGUACCGUGUGAUACUCGCGCAAGUGUGCGUGCCCCAUCUCUAUCUCUUCUUCGUGUACGAUCGGUUUUUUCUUUUCGCGGUGUGUCGCGAGGCCGUCGUCACGUCCUCGCGAGGAUUUUCCUAAAGAAAACGGCUCGGGAACUGGGACAAUAACGUGAUAACACGGCGCGGAGGACUUUAAGCUGUCAUUACCGUCGUCGUCGGAGCUUUAUAAUUUGCGUAAGAUCCGACGGAGAGACGUUUGGCCAUCGGCAGCGCGCGAUAGAAGGCGGCAAAAAUUCUGAGAAGACCGGAGUUUGGCGGAGCCCUGGCAGGCUCGGCGGCGGCUGCGGACGCGGACGUACGCCGACGAAGACGCAGCAGUCCUCUGGAUUACUUCGAGCCCCGUGGAGCUGCCCUGGCAGGCUCGGGCACCAGCGCGGCAGCUAAAAUGGGCAACAAUGCCGCGACCGCUAACAAGAAGGUCGACGCCGCCGAGAGCGUCAAGGAGUUUCUCGACAAAGCGAAGAAGGAGUUCGAGGAUAAAUGGAAGAAGAAUCCGACCAACACCGCCGGUCUGGACGAUUUCGAGCGUAUCAAGACCUUGGGCACCGGCUCGUUCGGCCGCGUGAUGAUCGUCCAGCAUAAGCCCACCAAGGAGUAUUACGCCAUGAAGAUACUCGACAAACAGAAGGUCGUCAAGCUGAAACAGGUGGAGCACACGCUUAACGAGAAGAGGAUACUGCAGGCGAUUAGUUUCCCGUUCCUUGUGUCGUUGCGCUUCCACUUCAAGGACAACUCUUACCUGUACAUGGUACUUGAGUACGUACCCGGCGGCGAGAUGUUCAGCCACCUGCGCAAAGUCGGCCGCUUCUCAGAACCGCACUCACGCUUCUACGCAGCCCAGAUUGUACUUGCCUUCGAGUACUUGCACUACCUCGAUCUCAUCUACCGAGAUCUGAAGCCGGAGAAUCUUUUGAUCGACUCGCAGGGUUACCUGAAAGUUACCGACUUUGGUUUCGCCAAAAGAGUACAAGGUCGAACGUGGACUUUGUGCGGCACCCCGGAGUACCUGGCACCCGAGAUUAUCCUCAGCAAGGGAUACAACAAAGCGGUGGAUUGGUGGGCUCUGGGCGUACUAGUCUACGAGAUGGCCGCUGGCUAUCCGCCGUUUUUCGCCGAUCAACCGAUUCAGAUUUACGAGAAGAUCGUAAGCGGCAAACCGCGCUUUCCCUCGCACUUUGGCUCCGAUCUGAAGGACUUGCUGCGCAAUUUGCUGCAGGUAGAUCUUACCAAAAGGUAUGGCAAUCUUAAAGCGGGCGUGAACGACAUCAAGGGCCACAAGUGGUUUGCCAGCACCGACUGGAUAGCCGUCUUCCAGAAGCGAAUAGAGGCGCCUUUCAUACCGCGCUGCAAGGGACCAGGCGAUACCAGCAACUUUGACGAUUACGAGGAGGAGACCCUGAGGAUUUCUCUGACGGAGAAGUGCGCCAAGGAGUUCGCCGAGUUUUGAACGCGACAUCUGCUCGGCAAGUUGCUCGCACCAGGAGGUGUAUACGCACGUCGUGUACGUGUCAUCGUGGUCGCGCCUCACCGUCGGGUCGACGUGUCGCGGCGCUCCUUCGUUACCGUCGCCAUCGUCGUCACAUUAGUGGUUUGCUUCUUUUGGGAGAGAGAGUGAGAGAGAGAGAAAGAGAGAGAGAGAGUAAGAAAGCGAGAAAGAGAGCGAGCGAGAGAGAAGGAGCGAAAGAAGGAACGGUGUAUGUGUGUGCCGGCGCGCAACCGCGUGUAACGAAACAGAGCGGAAAGUUUUUGGGGCGAAAUUUCUGGCGAGGGGACUGGGAUGGAAAGUGUCCCGAUGGGAGAUUUGUAAAAAGAGAGAAAAGAGGAGGAUACACGAAACGGCACGUGGCAAUUCGCGCGUUUUGCAUCUCGCAACUGAACUCGCUACACACGAGAGAGGUAGGGAAGAAACGCGAUACGGUUGAUAAGGAACGUUUACACACCGGCGUUGAGCGUCCAAGAAUUAUAUAUACAUAUAACUUUUGGUUGUUACGUAUGUAGUAGACGCCAGCAUCACUUUUUACAUGGAGAAAUCUCUUUUUUUAGCCGGUAAUCGAUUCAUUAACGUAAUAAGAACGGCUGUAUACUAUAUAUAUAUAUAUAUAUACAUAUAUACAUAUAUAUGUGUGUGUCCCUUCGCCACUCCUCAUAUCCUCCCCGUUCUCCCCCGCCAUCCAUUCGAGAUAGCUUUAUGAUCCGGUUUACGGAGAAGGCCGUGUGUAAAGUUUGUUCCCAAUGAUUAACUGUUAUCUGCGUCGGAAAUGUCACCGUACCGAAGUUACCUUAUACAUAUAGUCUCUCGUUGUCUUUGCGAAUGUUCCCUCCGUUCCUACUUUCCACAAUUCUCCUUCAUCAGCGUAUCGUUUUCCUCGGCAUCUCCUUCAAUUCUUCGAUAUACCUCCCCCCUCCCCCUUUUCUCCUUUCCCACGCAUCGCACACUUGACACUCGAAUCGAGAAGGAGAUGUCUUACUACACCGAGGCGAGUCAUAUCGUGCAUCGUUCGUUGUCUACUAUUUGUCUCUAUCCUCUUUAUUCGUCGUGAGAGAGAGAGAGAGAGAGAGAAAGAGAGAGAAAGAAAGAGAGAAAGAAAGAGUGCGAGAGAAAGAGAGUGAGAGGGAGAGCAAGAGAGAGAAAGAAGAGUACGAUCUGCGUACUCGCCGCGAGUACGAUCCGUAUUUAUAUAGCUAGUCGUUAUACACACACACAAAACAUACAUACACACAAGCGUUACACGUACACAUGAUAAUCUGAAAUAAUAUUUAUAUAUGAAACAUGUUUUCCAUCGAUCGCCGAUGACGGGCCAAUUGGAGGAGACGGUGGCCUCUUUACACCCGCGCGUAAAAUUCUCGUGAGAAACGGUAUCCUUUAUAUAUAAGUAUAUGCAAAUAGAUCGGACAUGUCAUCGUCUGGACAUUACAUCCGCACGCGAUCAGCUUAUUACGUAGAGCGGUUUUAAUUCCUCGCGCAAACACGAUUCCGCUGUAUUUCUUAUUAUCUGCGUUAUCCUGGAAAAUGUCUAAUUUUUCACGUAAGAUAAACACACAGAGAUACCCGCCAUCUCGAAUCGUAUACGAGGAAAAAGGGGGCUCAAUAAUGGUUACCACAUUAAAGUUAUCGUUGACACGCGAAAGGAUAAACUAUUACAACACCAAUAUUAGGAAUGAGCGAUAAAGUUGUGAAUAAUUUAGGUGGCUAACGGCUUUUCUCCUAAACGCGGCUUCGAAACGCGUGCACGAGCGUAAUAGCGUCGACAUACAUCAUCGUUACUUGAACCGUCUUCGUAUUAUCAUCUUUGAACUUAAAGACCGGUUAACUAUUCGCAUAAAGCGAAAGGAAAACGAGUGUAACCCUGACCAGUGAAUAACAAGCACGUAAUAUCGACGGAAGAACGCGGCGCGCGGAAGAUGUAGGACAUGGUAAAAAAGCACUAAACCGAAGGCGAAUUAAUAAACACCGCAGGCGUCAAAUGAGGCGCGUCGCCGGUACGUAAAGAUUACUCGAUUGGAAGCUAAUGAUGGCCGCGAUUACGCACGAUCGAAGAUUGCGUUAGCUACGCGCGAUUUACCAUCUCUCUCUGCGGAAGAUCGGUGCCGAUGUCGGCUUUCGAGACGACGCAAAACACUUUCGCGCGUUGACGUCAACGUCGGUGGACGAAGUUUCGUUAAUGAGUAAAACGGUUGUUCAGAAUUGGAUUGGGCACACGCCAGCGCGACGUGGCUGGCCGGGGAUCGAUUCAGCGGCGAUGGGCUAACACGCGCGCGGACAAUGCGGAGGAAAUGCGGCACGUAAGUGCGACGACGUUACGAAACUUUUAUAUCCUUUUAGUAUUCGCGAUGAAUCGAGCUCCGUUCUAUCGCCCCUAUAUGCCAAUGUAAGUUUUCAGAGCGCAAUCAAACGUUUAAGCGUCAUUGUCGUUUAAUCGAACGGUUCUAGUAGACGACUGACGCAGCGUGUCGCGAUUUUUGCGUUACAUAAGAAAAAAUGGAGCGUGAAUCGCGCUGGAAUAAAUUAUUCAAUUAUAUAAUCGCAGCUUUGAAAACCUGCAGUUGCAUUUAGUGACGACCGCGAUUGAUGUCAUUGAUAUCUUUUCGCGCGUUAAAUGAGAAUCGACGGAAUUUUCGUCAGGAAAUUAUUAGUUGUAUCGCGAGCAAUCAGCUGAUCGAUGAAAAAUUCGUCGCGAGCCAGCGUCUACAGUUAAUAACGAUACGAAACGCGGAAAAUGUAAUCCGAGUGUAAUUUCGUGAGUGACGGUAGAUCGAAGAGGGAGACUACCUCCCUACUUAUAUCAUUCGCGUGUAUAUAUUUACUUCUCUACUUCUAUACGCGAAUGCACAUGCCGUUCGUUUGCACACGCCGCGAUGUUAUGAAGGAAUUAGAACGAGAGAGGGAAUGGCGCAGUGGUGCGACUCGCAGCAAAAUAAAUGAAGUACUUGGCGCGGCUUCGUCACGAGAUUUUGGGAUAACGAGAUCUUGGUGGGUGCGGUAUUGUACUCGCAAGCUUGCGAGCGCACACGUUUUAUUCGCGCAUGUGUGUCCAGAGAUAAUUGAAGCGUUGAGAAUAAUAUAGCUAAAGUCACUUUUGAUAAAAUUACGUUAAUAGAAUCAUUCUACAAGAUAACUCUUUUAACUCUAUUUUUAUAACCAAUUGAUAAAUGACAAUGAUGUAUGUAACGAGUGAAUAUAAAUUGUUUUUUAUUCAAUGAGAGAUUUUUAAAAUAAUUUGUACUUUAUUUUUUUGUUUUUUUUUAUAGACGGAGUCUAUGUUAUUCUCAAUUUCUUCACUUGCAUACGAUAUUAUACGAAAAUUCAUUGCUUUUUCUAAUUACGUAAAUUCGCGACAAUGUUAUUAACAUAUGAAACUUUAGAUUUUUUGCAUUUUUAACGUUUAAAUUUUUAUUUGUGUCAGACGUCAACUGCAGUAUAUUUACUUAUACUUUAACUAGAUGAUUUGACUCCAAUAUAUCUAUUACAAAUUGAUUAAUUUGUGUAAAUUAUAAAAGUAUUAUCAGAUUUCUUGGCAAUUCUAUUUCUGGCGGACGAAUUUAAUAUCCGAAUAGCGCCAAAUCAGAAUAGUUCGUUUAUUUUACGCUACAUUUAUUUUUCAAUUUAAGACAAAUGUCCUAAAUGGGAACGCGUGACAGUUCUUUAGGGAGAAUCUGAAAGAACCCGAACCGGAGAGUGUUUAGUUAGUCCGAUUCGUUAAAUCAAACAUUUUCUGUUUCUUUAACACUUUGAACGAGCCGCGAUUAUCCUCCAAUGAUUAUCGAGAGUGCUUGUAUUUUCGAGAUAUCAAUCGCACCGUCAAUAAUGAUCUUGAGCACCUUCAGAUAGUUCACUAUCGCGCUCCUCAAUCCGCGACAGACAUCAACGUGUCGACUUGUCUUUAUCCGCAUAGAGUAGCAGUAGACACCGUUAACUCGUACCUACGUUACUCUUAUGUGAGUGUUACGACACUUAUCUCGCUUCGACAUCUAGCGAGAAUUGCGUUUUUUUUUGCAAAUCGCAAAACCGAUCAAUAUGUAUUUCUAGCGUUGCGCUGCUGUAAUUUAUAUUUGCCCUCGGCGUUGUCGUUCCUUUAUUUAAUUGAAGUAAUUACACGCACGUGCGGCGCGUUAUCAUGACGAGCUUUUGCUAACGGUUUUCGAUCUCUGUCCGACAAUUCGUUCAAGUCCAAUAUUGAUAUUCCAAAUUAGACUUAUUCAUGAGCAAACAUGACUAACAUCCAGGACGCGUAAUUUUCUGUCUUUAAAAUUUGAUAAAAUGUGUAAACGAGAGAUGACGUCGAGAUACCCUUUAAUAAUGUCACGCAAACUCCAUCGCGAAUAACUUGGUUGAAACUUAGACCGCAUAUCUGGAGAGUAGACCUAACUUUGUCGUAAAAAUCGUGACCUGCUUAAGCUUGUACGACCAGGGAACGCGUAAACGCGGAUCCGUGAGUGGACAUUGCAUACAAAUUGCACGAGAAGACCUUUUUUACAUAAAUAAUUUUUAUAUAAUGAAAAAAUUCAUUGGUAUCUCACGUCAUAACUUGUUUAAUUAUCCUUUACAAGAUUUUACAAGAGGCGAUAUCAAUGUUGUUAGAGAAGAAAAACAUGAGGGAUAUCGAUUGUAGAAUAUUCUCUGCGUAGAAUCGCAUCGCGAUAGCAUGUAUUUGCAUGGAAAUUUACGUCGUGGUCUUGCCGAUGCAUCGAUCGUAUGAAAUAAUCGAAUAUCAUCUUUCCUCUAUGUGUCAUGCUUUAAAGUUUCUCGGAAAAAUUUGAUUAUCGGUAUCGAUAUUUUCUUCUCGGUGGUUCGAAUAAUAAUAUUUCUCUGAAAUUUUUUAUCAUCGGAAUUUGUUGGUACUUUAGUCACGACGAGGAUCGCAAAGUUUUGAUUAAUGAGAUAUUCUAAUCUCCAUGUAAAUGGAAAUAGCUUUUCAGAAGGGUUACGUUUAUCCAUAUUUUAGUUCGCCAAGCGAGCAAUCAUUUUCAUCGAAUGAUCACGAUUAUGAUCGUGUUAACGUUUUAUUAUCGGUAUUACAAUGAAAGGAUACGAGGAUAAUUAUUAGCAUCGCUUAUACAUUUAAUAAGGAUUUUUGUGGCUUCUUUUCAGCAAGAUAUUUUGACCAUUUGUUUCCAGCAGAUAAUACAAUAUUGAUCGGUAACUUGCGAUAUUAAAGGCUGUGUCAAUAACAGCAUAGGCACAUCAGGAGUGUACAUUAUAACAUGAUAAAAAGGGUGUCCAUUUCUCACGUAGGGAAAUAAUCUUAUCGCGAUCGAACUUGGCCUUCCGUUCAUCGCACGACGUAUGGAGUACACAGUUGUCGGUUGAGAUCUGAAGAGAAUAUUUUUCAUUGAACUGCAACUAUAUAAUUCUAUGUUUUUACUGGGAAAUAUGUGCAAUUUUUAUAUUAUAUAUAUAUAUAUAUAUAUAUAUAUAUUUCAUAUAUUGUUUGUUCGUAUUAUAUAUAUAUAUAUAUAUUUAGAUUAUUAUUAUAUAUAAAAAGUGAAAUUAUAUUCUUGGACAACGCGAUACUGUGUACUCCGUGCACAAAUAAUUGCCGGGAGGUAAAAUUACCUGUUUCACGGUAAUCUUGUAGAAAAAAAUGCAGCACAGCAAAAACAUACUUGCACAACAAUUUCUUAUAUUCUUUCGUAUACGUUUGCGAUGCGCAUAAAAUUUCUUGCGUUUAAACGAGUACUUAUUAUAAACAACGUAGUUUCCCGAUGAAAUCGGUUGUCGCGAGGUAUUUCAACAACUCUAAUUUAAUUGACCGACGCUCGUCUCCGGUUUUCCAAUUGGCCCUGAUGGCAAGGGGGUUUGUUGCACCUGUAAAGGGAAGCUUUAAUUGACGUAAGCGACUCGCGUGUGUGCGGGCGCAAGCGUUUUCUGUAAAUAUUAGCGGUAGAUAACAGAAUAGUACAUAUAUCAUCGUGUUCACCGCAGUGUGGCUCCUUUAAAGCUAUUUUCCCCUGAAUAUCUUCGCGUUUCUCCGCUUGGCGCCGACGUUGCACCGACGACUCCGGCCCGGUUUCGACCAAUCUGUUAAGUUUAACUCUAGUUUAACCGAUUCCUUGUGUCUUCUUAGACAGAAAAGUCCGUAUUCUCGUCACGCGUCUAAUAGUAAAUGCGGCACUUCAUUUUCUGAAUGUUAUUUGUUUAAUAUGUGAAUGGUAUUCGAUGUGAGAUGAGAAUUCUAUAGAGGUGUGCUUAGCGCUAAGUAUGUGACGAGAGUAUGCGCCAAGCAAUAACUUAAACUACAGUUAGAUUGAACUAAAAUUGUUAUGAAACCGUCGCGAUCAUUUUCUUCUUCUUUCCUCUUUUCUAUAUUAUAGCUAAGAUCCGAAAAAAAAAACAAAUCGAUAGAUUAUCCUCUAUAUAGUCCGAAUGGGUUGUCGGUGCAAUUCAGUGCUCAAUCGUCUUGUAACGCCCAGAGGAUAUACGCGUACACAUUGUCACGCUCGGCAAUUAUUACAAAAGGAACAUGAAGGUAGGCACACAGGGACAACACACGUGUACCUGCGGAUUCCCCUCCCCGUUGUACAUUACUCCCGCAUUAUUACUUUUAAUUCAGUGUUCUUCGUAUCACACAGAUGUACAAGUGUCGUCCUAUUUAUAUACGUAGUUUAUUCCUCGGUCCAGCGAUCGGUCGUUACGCAAUCGUCGCACGCACGCACGCACACAAAUACACACGCACAAAUAACGCGCGUGUCUAUGCAAAUAUUCGCCAGUUAUCGAAACGUUCUCGUUGAGGUUCGCCCGUCGUUAUAAAUUGCAUCCGGCACGCGCGCCGCCUGCGGCGCCUUUAUUACUUUGUCUCUUUGUUGAUUUAUUGUGUCUCCAUAUCUCCGGUCAUCGCGGCUCGUAGAGAUGUUAAAGCGUUUCUUAAAUUGAGGCACUGAGAAUGAUGACGCAAACUCGAAAUACAUUUAUAACGAAACUGAGAAAAGAAGCUUUAAAUCGAAAUAUUAAUCUCUGCGACUUAAUUAUAAAUCAGAAGACCAUGAAUUAAACAAUAAAUAUAUAUUUUAUCU